ACAUCUCCGCGUGCAGUUGUUUUUGAAGCGGGAGGCGGGUUGGUUGCGCGCGAGACGUUAGCAGCUAGCAGUGAAGACCUGACAUGUUGACGAGCUGAUCGUUUUAUUUCAAUUUAGUUUAAAGUAAUUUGAUAAUAGUUGUAGAAAGUGUCGCGUGCGAUGGAAAAGCGGAACGUGGAGAAGUUAAACUCACCGUCUGACUUCAUGACGACACAUUUGACAGGUGUGACCUGUGCCUCCUCAUCACCAGCCCUGCUCACUCCAUCUCACUUCACUGUGACCUCGACCCCAAGCUUGACCUCUGUGACCCCUAUAUGCUCUGCCCCCUCCCUCCCACCCCACGGGGCGGAUCCACGGACCCUCCUCACACACACUCAACCUGAAGUGAUGCAGCUCCACCAGGAGAACCGCAGACUGCUCCACACACUCCACACACAAGCCUCACACACACCACAGAGAGAGGAGGUGGAGAGGCUGAAGGAGGAGCUCAGAGAAAGAGACAGCAUCAUCAGCAGGCAGUGUAUUGAGCGAGAGGACUUGUGUGCUGAACUGAAGCAGAGCACACAGAAGGUGCAGCAGAUGUGUGAGCAUCAUGCAGCAGAGCUUUCAGCUUUGACUCACACUAACUCAGAGCUGAAGAACACACUCCACACUCUCACACAGGAAAUCACAUCACUCAGGCACCAGGUAGAGGAAGUGACAUCAGAGAGAGAUGUGCUGAAGGAACAGCUGAGUGCUCGGAGCAGGGAGAAAGCGGAGCAGGCCGAGACUCUGCACAAGUUACGCACCUACAUCGGCACACACACCAGAGGAGAGGAUCAACACACACUCAUAGAGAGGCUGCAGAAGGAGAAAGAAGCAUUGUGUUUAUCUGUUGAGCUGUUGAACGUCCGAGUCAAAUCAGCUAACGACAUCCUGACACUACAGGAGAGAGAGCUGGAGGAGCAGUGUGAUCCUCUCCGUAGAGACAGGUCCGCUCGGUUGUUGAGUUUGUGGAGAGAGAAGGUCUUCAUGCUGCUCGUACAACUACGAUCAAAAGACUCACAACUACACACAGAGAACACACAACUACACCACACGGUCUCGGAUCUGCAGCAGUUGGUUCAGAAGCUGCAGUCGCACAUUGCCUUAUUACAACACAACCUUCAGGACAAAACCGCACAACUACAGCUGCACAACUUGCACACACAGGAGUUGCAGCAACAGCUGUGUAGUGCUGUUGAAGAGAAUGAGAGACUGAAAAAACACAAAGAGAGCAGUGAGAAAUCCACUGAACACCUUACUGAUACUGUGCACAGGAUGAGUGUGUGUGUUGGGGAGUGGGAGAGUCAGAUUGAAGCUGCUCAGUGUCGUAUGAGUGCUUUGACACAGAGACUCGACUUUGCCAGCAUACGUCUCCACACUGUGCACGGUUUGCUGAUGAGGAGAGAAGCUCUAUGGAAAGUACAGCAGGCCACAAAACCUGCAGAACCUACAGCCUCAGAUAGCUGCAUUGAAAGACUGCAAUUACAGGUGGAACUCCUGAGCUUGGAGAGAGACACACUCACCCAGGAACUGAAACGAACACCACAACUGAUUAAUAACGCACUGAGAGACCUACAGCUACAGUUGUGUGCAGUGGACAGGAGCAGGGAGGAGUUGACGGUGUGUGAGUUGCGGUGUGUGGAGGCUCACACCCACUGUGAGGAACAGGAGAGGACCAUUGUCGAGCUGCGUGCUGAGGCCCAUCACACACAGACCAUUCUACAGGAGAAACUCUCUGAGGUGGAGAGUGUGUGUGCCAUGCAGCUUAAAGAGAUGGAGAGUCACCUAAACACAGCAAGGAGAGAACACACUAAAGCAGUUGUAGCCUUACGCCAGGUGGAGCGAGCAGCUGAGAGAGAGAGACAGCAGGAGAGAGAGGCGGAGAGAGCACGCUCAGAACACACGCACACACACAUCACACAACUACACACACAACUCAAGGAAAAAGACAGAGACCGCCACAUUCUAUUGGCUGUGGUUCAGCAGCAGGGUUUGAUGAGUGAGUAUAAAAAGGUGAGAAGAGCAGCGAUACACACAUCUACAGCUCUGACAGAUGAACAACAACAUAAACAACAGCAGACUGGAGACACUGGACAGCAAGAGGGAAGUGUGUUGAAUGUGUUAUGUGAGCUACGCUCUCUCAGCUCAGACCUCAUUCACAGCACAGACGAGGAAGAUGAGGACGAUGAACUAGGACAAGGAGAACACACACAGAAACACUGAACACACACUCAUAGAGUCAGUAACCACAGAGGGCAUGUACAUUUAUUGUCGAGUUUUUAGUUAUAAUAAUUCAGUCCUGUUGGUAAUAAGUAAUGAGUAAUGUGGGAAUGGAUCUGUAUGUUUUAUUUGAAAAUUGUAAUAAAUAAAUAUUUGUUUGUUUGUUUUA